AAAUCAGCGCCAUGGGUGCCGCCAUCCACAAUGCGGUGAACAUUGCGGAGAUUGUGAAGCGUCGUGUGGUCGGCCUGCACCAGACGACCGACAUCUCGUCGGAGGUCAUCCACGACGAGUACGAGGCGGUUGACGGAAAGAAGGAAAACAUGGAGGUGGAGCGCAAGGUGUCAACCAUCCUCGUCACGCUCUCCCUCAAGCCCCUCGACAAGAACCACGUUGGCUACCAGCCGCCUCUGCCGGAGUCGGAGGUGAAGGAGCAGGAGGAGGCUGAGGCCGGCGAGGCUGCUGGUGGAAACCACAAUCGUGGUGAGCGCGGUGAGCGCAGCGACCGUGGGGGCCGUGGCGGUGACCGAGGCAACGGGGGCGGCGGCCGCGGCCGCGGCUCCUCGCGUGGGGGACAGCGCGGUGGCGGCGGCAGCAGCAACACCGGCGCCCCCCGCGGUGGACGUGGCGGCAAUGGCCGCGGUGGAUCAGCGCGUGGUGGGGCUCGAGGUGGCCCUGAUCGUCGCAACGAUCGUCGUGUAGAUUGA